AUUCAAAAGGGGCGUUCAGUGUGUGUAUAUAUAUAUCUAUGCAGGAACCCUUCCUUGCUUCUUCUCCAGGGUUACAUCACCACCAUAGCCUCCACCUUCACCUCCACCUCCGCCCCACCAAACCCACCCCUCAUCUCUCUCCUUCUCGGGUUUUCCCCUCUGCGUCUAUCUAUUUCCGCCAUACGUAGUUUUACACACUUCUAUUCUGUACAGUGCAAACCCUUUGGAUGUGCAAUCGCCCGCUGAGGUUUGGAUGGUCAAUAAGCUAGCGGGCGGUGGCAAAAAUGGCGAGUAUAAGAUCGAGCUUGCCUUCAAGGCUUCGGCAACUCCUUUCGAGUGAAGGAGCAAUCGGCCCAUCGAUUAAACUUGACCCUGAACCACCUGCAAAUAUAAAGGAGUUUGUGGACAAGGUGAUUCAAUGCCCACUACAGGAUAUAGCAAUCCCGCUUUCUGGUUUUUGCUGGGAAUAUGGCAAGGGAAAUUUCCUCCACUGGAGGCUUCUAUUUCUACAUUUUGACACAUAUUUCAAGACAUAUAUAUCUUGUAGAAAUGAUCUCCUUCUAUCAGAUGAAGUAUUAGGAGAUGUCACGCCAUUUCCAACAGAAGCAGUUUUACAAAUUCUGAGGGUUAUGCGAAUCAUUCUAGAAAAUUGCCACAACAAGAGUUCUUUUAGUGGUAUAGAGCAUUUCAAGCUGUUGCUUGCUUCAACAAUUCCUGAAAUUCUGAUAGCAGCUUUAGAGGUCCUUUCUGCACUUGUGAAAAUAACCCCAUCAAAACUGCAUGCUAGUGGAAAGAUGGUUGGGUGUGGGUCAGUGAACACCUGCCUUCUAUCCCUUGCUCAAGGCUGGGGGAGCAAAGAAGAAGGUUUGGGCUUGUAUUCGUGCAUUACCCUACAUGAGAGGAACCAGGAGGAUGGAUUAUGCCUGUUCCCAUCAGAGAAAAAUAAUCAGAACAACUUGCAAUAUAAGCUGGGUUCAUCACUUUAUUUUGAGUUGCACAGCACAUCCACAAUCAUGGACGGUAGUGAUGGCUCAAUUUCCUCUGGUACAAGUAUGAUUCACCUCCCGGAUACGCAAUUACGCACAGAAGAUGAACUGUCACUUAUGAAGUCUUGUAUUCAACAAUACAAUGUGCCUCCAGAGCUUAGGUUUCCCUUGUUAACCAGAAUCAGAUACGCCCGUGCAUUGCAUUACUCCAGACUGUGCAGGCUCUACAGCAAGAUUUGUCUUCUUGCUUUUGUUGUGCUUGUGCAGUCUAGUGAUUCUCACGAUGAACUCGUUUCUUUUUUUGCGAAUGAGCCAGAAUAUACAAAUGAACUGAUUAGAAUAGUAAGGUCUGAGGAAAACAUUUCUGGAAUCAUAAGAACAGCUGCAAUGACUGCUUUGGGUGCACAAUUAGCUGCAUAUUCUGCAUCUCAUGAGAGGGCACGAAUACUGAGUGGAUCGAGCAUCAGUUUUGCUGGUGGGAAUCGUAUGAUUCUUCUUAAUGUUUUGCAAAGAGCAAUAUUGUCAUUGAAGACUUCAGCUGAUUUGUCAGCGUUCGCUUUUGUUGAAGCACUUCUGCAAUUUUACUUGCUACAUGUUGUAUCUUCUUCAAGUACCGGAAGUGUUGUUCGGGGAUCUGGGAUGGUACCGACCUUUUUACCCCUUUUAGAGGAUUCAGAUCCAACUCACUUGCAUCUUGUCUGUUUGGCUGUGAAAACUUUACAGAAGCUCAUGGACUACAGUAAUACAGCUGUUACUCUUUUCAGAGAUUUAGGUGGGGUAGAACAUUUGGUCAACAGAUUGCAGAUUGAAGUACAUAGAGUGAUUGAAUCUGAAGGGAAGGAUAGCUCUAUGGUCAUUGGUGAAAGCUCGAUAAACGGUAAUGAUCAGUUCUAUGCCCAAAAGAGAUUGGUUAGGGCUCUGUUGAAGGCGCUUGGUUCUGCGACAUAUGGUGCAGUAAAUCCGGGAAGAACACAAAAUUCUUAUGAUGUUUCUUUGUCUCCCAUUUUGGCAAUGAUUUUCAGUAGCAAAGAAAAGUUUGGAGGUGAGAUUUACUCCUCUGCUGUGUCUCUCAUGAGUGAAAUGAUUCACAAAGACCCAACAUGUUUUAGUGUUUUGUUCGAUUUGGGUCUUCCUAGCGAAUUUCUGUCCUCAGUUGUGGCUGGUAUACUUCCUUCUUCGAAAGCUAUUACAUGUAUUCCAAAUGGUCUUGGGGCUAUUUGUCUCAAUUCAAAGGGCCUGGAGUCUGUGAGAGAAACUUCUGCUUUACGCUUCCUUGUUGACAUUUUUACUGACAGGAAGUAUGUAAUGGCAAUGAAUGAAGGCAUUGUUCCUUUGGCAAAUGCUGUGGAAGAGUUAUUGCGGCAUGUAUCUUCAUUGAGGAGCAGCGGCGUUGAUCUGAUAAUUGAAAUUAUAAACAAGACAGCAUUGCUUGGGGAGACCGAAUUCAAUGCACCAUUGGGAAAAUCUGAUGGAAAUGAUGCAAUGGAUAUGGAUUCCGCAGAAUCUGCAGAUAAGGAAAAUGCAGGCGGUUGCUCGCAAGGUGCUAUGCCAGAUUUGUCAUCUCCAGUCAUCAGUGAUGAGCAAUGCAUGCAGCUUUGCAUUUUCCAUGUGAUGGUACUUGUUCAUAGGACAAUGGAAAAUUCUGAAACUUGUCGUUUGUUUGUGGAGAAGUCUGGUAUUGAAGCUCUAGUAAAGCUUCUUUUACGCCCAAGUAUUACUCAAUCAUCUGAGGGAAUGUCCAUAGCAUUGCAUAGCACGAUGGUAUUCAAGUGUUUUACACAACAUCAUUCUACUCCUCUAGCUCGGGCUAUAUGUUCUUCACUACGGCAUCAUUUGGAAGAAACCUUGACUAGGAUCAGUGCUGUAUCUGUAUCCUGUCUUCUGGACCCUAGGGUUGGUCCAGAUCCUACCAUAUUUUCUUCCCUCUCCCUUGUUGAGUUUCUAUUAUUCCUUGCCGCUUCAAAAGAUAGUCGAUGGGUAACAUCGCUGCUUGCUGAAUUUGGCAAUGGCAGUAAAGAUGUUUUGGAAGAUAUUGGCCAGAUUCAUCGUGAAGCUCUUUGGCAAAUUGCAUUGCUCGAAGAAACUAAGGCUGAAAUCAAGGACGAAUCCUCAGUUAAUCAUAAUGCUUCACGCCAUUCUGAUUUGAGCUUGAAUGAUUCUGAAGACCCCAGAUUAAACUCUGUCAGGCAGUUUCUUGAUCCCUUACUUCGAAGACGAACAUCUGGGUGGAGUUUUGAGUCCCAGUUUUUUGACCUUAUAAAUUUGUACCGUGAUCUUACUCGAUCAUCAAGUCUCCAUCAGCGACAGAUUGUUGAUCCUUCCUCCGAUUUACAGUUGGAAGGCAAUCGGGAAACUCAUCAGCCUGGUUCUUCUGACUUGACUGAAUCCAGUACCAGGAGGGAUGAAUCCAAUCAGAGAUCGUACCGACAAUCUUGUUGUGAUAUGCUCAGAUCAUUAAUUAUUCAUAUCACCCAUUUGUUUCAAGAGCUGGGAAAGGCGAUGGUGUCUCCAUCUCGUCGACGGGAUGAUUUGUUAAAUGUUUCUCCUUCUUCAAAGUCAGUGGCUUCUACCUUUGCCUCUAUAGCCAUGGAUCACAUGAAUUUUGCAGGACAGUUAAAUACUUCUGCAUCUGAGGCCUCUGUUUCAUCUAAAUCUCGAUAUUUUGGCAAGGUUAUAGAGUUCAUUGAUGAAAUUCUUCUGGAGAAACCUGACUCGUGCAAUCCAAUUAUCUUGAAUUGUUUGUAUGGACGAGGUGUUAUUCAGACAGUCUUGACUACAUUUGAGGCUACCAUUCUUUUGCCUUUUUCCAUCAGUAGAACUCCUGCUUCACCUAUGGAGACCGAUGAGGGGAGGCAAAAUGAGGCAGAAGAAACUGACCACUUGUGGAUUUAUGGACCCUCGGCCAGCUAUGGUAAAUUUAUGGACCACUUGGUGACCUCAUCCUUCAUUUUAUCUCCGUUCAACAAGCAUUUACUGGCUCAGCCUCUAGUAAAUAGCGAUGUUCCAUUUCCUCGGGAUGCAGAAACAUUUGUGAAAGUCCUUCAAUCCAUGGUACUGAAGGCAGUGCUUCCUGUCUGGUCUCACCCGCGGUUCCCUGAAUGUAGCUAUGAGUUCAUUACGACUGUGGUUAACAUUUUUAGGCACAUUUUCUCUGGGGUGGAAGUGAAAACUGUUAGCAGCAAUGUGGGUCGUUUAGCUGGUCCACCACCAAAUGAAUCAGCUAUUUCAACAAUUGUGGAGAUGGGAUUUUCCAGGUCUCGAGCAGAAGAAGCUUUGAGACAGGUUGGUUCAAACAGUGUGGAGCUUGCAAUGGAAUGGUUGUUUUCACAUUCAGAAGAGACUCAAGAAGAUGAUGAACUUGCUCGUGCACUUGCAAUGUCUCUUGGGAACUCUGGAUCAGAUGCAAAGGAAGAUGUUACAACUAAAGCUAAUCAGGCCAUUGAAGAGGAAUUGGUGCAACUACCUCCAAUUGACGAGCUUUUGUCAACAUGUAGGAGACUGUUGCAAACGAAAGAUACAUUAGCUUUCCCUGUUAGGGAUCUUCUUGUGUUGGUUUGCUCCCAAAAUGAAGGCAAGGAAAGACCAAGAGUAAUUUCAUUUAUUAUUGAACAAUUGAAGCUUUGUGGAAACAUAUCCGACAGUGGGAACCAGAAAUUACUCUCUUCCUUUUUCCAUGUUCUUGCUCUUGUACUUAAUGAAGAUGUAGCAACACGAGAAUUAGCUUCUAAAAGUGGUUUUGUUAAAGUUGCAUCAGACCUUAUUCUAUGUUGGAGCUGCUCAGAUGAUCAGGAAUCACCUCAAGUACCAAAAUGGGUGACUUCUGCUUUUAUUGCUAUUGAUCGGCUUGCUCAAGUUGAUACAAAGUUAAAUGCUGAUAUUCUAGAGCAUCUAAAGAAGAAGGAUACGGGCAGCCAACCACCUGUCGUUAUUGAUGAAGACAAGCUUAACACAAUGCAGAUGCCUUUCGGGGCACCAUCCAAGUAUUUGGAUUUAGAGGAGCAAAAGAGACUUAUUGAAAUAGCUUGCAGUUGCAUAAGAAAGCAAUUGCCUUCUGAAACAACACAUGCUGUUUUGCAACUCUGUUCUACUCUCACUAGAACUCAUGCAGUUGCUGUAACUUUUCUGGAGUCUGAUGGUCUGCGUUUGCUUCUUUCCUUGCCGGCAAGUAGCUUGUUUGUUGGCUUUGACAAUGUUGCGGCUGCUAUAAUACGCCAUAUCCUAGAAGAUUCUCAGACCCUACAGCAAGCAAUGGAAUCUGAGAUAAGGCACAGUUUUGCUACUGCUGCUAACAGGCAAUCUAGUGGAAGGCUUACACCUCGGAAUUUUCUGACAAGUUUGAUUUCAGUUGUUCAGCGCAAUCCUGUGACCUUUAUGCAAGCUGCCAAGUCUGUGUGCCAAAUUGAGAUGGUGGGUGAGCGACCAUACAUUGUACUAACAAAGGAUCGUGACAAAGAUAAAAGCAAAGAGAAAGAAAAGGAGAAAGAUAAAGCAGAGGAGAAGGAGAAGCAAACAUCUAAUGAUGUGAAGGUAUCCACUGGCGGUACAAUUUCAGCUCCCCUUGGCUCUGGGCAUGGGAAGAUUCCUGAUGCAAAUUCCAAAAUUUCAAAGACACACAGAAAACCUCCUCAGAGUUUUGUAAAUGUAAUUGAUCAUCUACUGGACUCAAUAAUAUCAUUCGUACCUCCACCUUUGGAAGAUGAGUCUGUUGUCAAGGUUGGCUCUUCCUCAGACAUGGAAGUCGAUGCUUCUGCGAACAAGGGUAAAGGAAAGGCUGUUGCUUCUCCAUCUGACUCGAGUGAAGUAAACAACCAAGAAUCCUUUGUUUCUAUGGCGAAGGUGGUGUUUAUUUUGAAGCUCUUGACGGAGAUCCUCUUGAUGUAUGCUUCAUCCGUUCAUAUUCUUGUGCGGAAAGAUGCUGAAAUUUGCAGUUACAGAGGAAUUCCUCAACGUGGUGGUGUACCUUACUGUACUGGUGGUAUCUUCCACCAGAUUCUUUACCAAUUUCUUCCAUAUUCAAAGAGUUUCAGGAAGGAGAAGAAAUCAGAAGUGGAUUGGCACCAAAAACUGGCUAGUAAAGCUGGUCAGUUUCUAGUGGCAUCUUGUGUACGCUCAAAUGAGGCAAGGAAAAGGAUCUUCACCGAGAUCAGUAUUGUACUCAAUGAUUUUGUUAAAUCUGUUAGGGGUUUUAGGGCACCAAAACCGGAGAUCCAGGCUCUUGUCGACUUGCUAAAUGAUGUUUUGGCUGCUCGCACACCAACGGGAUCUUACAUCUCCGCAGAAGCUUCUGUCACUUUUAUAGAGGCUGGUCUUGUGCAGUCACUCACGCGAACACUUCAUGUGUUAGACCUGGACCAUACAGAUUCGUCAAAGGCUGUGACUGGAAUUGUGAAGGUUUUGGAGUCAGUCACCAAGGAGCACAUUCAUGCUUUUGAGUCUGUCAAUGGAAAACUAGAGCGAAUGCUAAAACCUACAGAUCCUAGUGGGCCCAGGGAAGGAAAUACUGGUAGAUCACAGACUGUUGAUGCCACAACUAAUGGUAAUGACAACUUACUACCAAGUGACCAGAUUGAUUCAUUUCGCACUGUCCAGAACUAUGGUGGUUCUGAGGCCGUUACUGAGGAUAUGGAGCAUGAUCAGGACAUUGAUGGGGGCUUUGUGGCUGCUGAAGAUGAUUUCAUGCAGGAAAAUGCUCAAGACACGCAAAAUCAAGAAAACGGCCUUGAUUCUGUGGGCAUAAGAUUUGAAAUUGGUCCUGCCACCCAAGGGAGCCUUGAUGAAGAGGAAGAUGAAGAUGGAGAUGCAGAUGAAAUGUCUGGUGAUGAAGUUGAUGAAGAUGAAGAUGAUGAGGCUGAUGAUGAGCACAAUGAUAUUGAUGAAGAUGAAGCUCAUCAUCUGCCCCACACAGAUACAGAUCAAGAUGAUCAUGACAUUGAUGAAGAUGAGUUUGAUGAGGAGGUUAUGGAAGAGGAUGAAGAUGAAGAGGAUGAUGGGGAUGGUGUUAUUCUCCAACUUGGAGAUGGAAUGAAUGGGGUAAAUGUUUUUGACCAUAUAGAGGUUUUUGGCAGAGAUAGCAUCUCCAGUGAAGCUUUUCAUGUUAUGCCAGUUGAAAUUUUUGGCUCCAGACGCCAGGGUCGAACUACAUCAAUAUAUAAUCUAUUGGGAAGAAAUGGUGAUAACACUGCACCUUCUCAGCAUCCACUCCUGGUGGAACCAUCUUCAUGCAAUAGUGGGCCUCCAAGACAAUCAGGAAAUGAUCGUGGUACUUCGAAUAGGAACCCUGAGGGAUCCUUGUCACGGUUGGAUUCAGUUUUUCGAUCACUCCGAAAUGGGCGUCAAGGACACCGAUUAAAUUUGUUGGCUAAUGAAAGUCAACUCAGUGGUGGAUCAAACUCUUCUGUUAUUCCUCAAGGUUUAGAGGAUUUACUUGUUUCCAGCUUAAGACGGCCUUCGUCUGAGAAACCCUCGGACACUUCUGCAGCAGUUGAAUCUCAAAUAAAAAAUGAAAUCACUCCAUCCCCUCAGUUCACUGAGACGCAGGCUGAAAAUCAGAGCAGUGCUGGAGAUGGUAUUGUGCCUCCUCCAUCUAUAACGACAUUGGAUAGUUCUCAAACUGCUGAAAGGCCAAUUAUUGCUAAUAAUUCUUUUCUGGGAACAGAAACAUCAAGUAGGCCACCUCAGUCUGCUGAAACUCAGUAUGAUCAAAAUGAUGUAUUGCGUGAUGUUGAAGCUGUGAGUCAAGAAAGUGGUGGAAGUGGGGCAACCUUAGGUGAGAGCUUACGGAGUUUAGAUGUUGAAAUUGGAAGUGCUGAUGGGCAUGAUGAUGGUGGUGACACCAGAAUGAGGAGAGUUAAUCCAUUAUUUGGCAACAGUUCAUCUUUAAGUGGGAGAGAUGCAUCACUCCACAGUGUAACUGAAGUUACAGAAGAUCCAAUCCGAGAAGCAGAUCAAAGUGUCCCUCCUGAGGAAGAACAACACAAUCAUGAUGCGGAAUCUAUUGAUCCUGCUUUUCUAGAUGCACUUCCCGAGGAGUUGCGGGCUGAGGUUCUUUCUGCUCAACCAAGUGAAGCUCCACAGUCCCAAAAUCCUGAGCCACAAAAUAAUGGCGAUAUAGAUCCUGAAUUUCUUGCAGCGCUUCCUCCUGACAUUCGUGAAGAAGUUCUGGCACAACAGAGGGCGCAAAGGAUGCAUCAAUCCCAAGAGUUGGAAGGUCAACCAGUUGAGAUGGACACUGUCUCAAUAAUUGCAACAUUUCCUUCAGAAUUAAGAGAAGAGGUUCUUCUUACUUCCUCUGAUGCUAUACUUGCAAAUUUGACACCUGCUCUUGUUGCUGAAGCAAACAUGUUGCGUGAAAGGUUUGCACGCAGGUAUAACCAAAGUUUGUUUGGUAUAUAUCCCCGAACCCGGAGGGGAGACUCUUCCAGAAGGGGAGGUGAUGGCUUGGACAGGGUUGGCAAUGCCCUUUCACGUCGAUCUCUCGGUAUUAAGCCAGUUGAGGCAGAGGGCUUGCCUUUAGUUGACACAGAAGGUUUGAGAGCAUUAAUCCGGUUGCUUCGUGUAGUGCAGCCACUUUACAAGAAUGAAUACAGACUUCUGUUAAACCUCUGUGCUCAUGCUGAAACCAGAGUUGAUUUGUUGAAAAUAUUGAUGGACUUGUUGAUGUGGGAUGUAAAAAGGUCUCCCAGCAGGGUGAAUGCUUCAGAGCCCCCCUAUAGGCUUUAUGCUUGCCAAAGUCAUGUGAUGUAUUCUCGACCUCAAUGUGUUGAUGGCGUCCCACCUUUGGUGUCCCGGAGAGCUCUUGAGACUCUCACCUACUUGGCCCGCAACCAUCCUUUGGUUGCAAAAUUACUUCUUGAGUUCAGAUUGUCACAAUUUAGCCUUAAGGAGUCAUCGGAUUCUGAUGGCAAAAGAGGAAAAGCUGUUAUGGUUCAUGAUGACAGCAUGUUAGAGAAGUCCGAAUGCCCAGAAGGGCAGGCAUCUGUCACCUUGCUGCUAAGCCUCUUGAAUCAGUCACUGUAUCUGAGAAGCAUAGCUCAUCUAGAGCAGCUCUUAAGUUUAUUGGAUGUCAUUAUUGAUAAUGCUGUGAAGAAAUCAAAUUCAUCUGAUGACCAAGUGGCAUCUGCCUCCCAGCAACCUAAUCCUCAGGUUUCUACAUCAGGUUCUGAGAUGAAUAUAGUUUCUACCUCAGCUUCUGGUGAGGGUACUUCUACCACAUCAGGAUCAUUUUCAGAUGCAGAAAGACUAGAAAGUGCCCAAGUUAUUUUGAACAAUUUGCCAAAACCAGAACUUCAACUUCUAUGCUCACUUCUUGCACGUGAAGGAUUAUCAGAUAACGCAUAUACUCUUGCCGCAGAGGUGUUAAGAAAAUUGGUGACUAUAGCACCCAAUCAUUGUCAUCUCUUUAUCACAGAGCUUUCUGGUUCAGUUAGGAAGCUAACUAUGUCUGCAGCUGAAGAAUUGUCCGUAUUUGGGGAUAUGGAGAAAGCAGUCCUUAGUACUGCUACUCAUGGAGCCCAAGUUUUACGGGUCCUACAAGCUUUGAGCUCAUUAGUUUUUAUAAUUCUUGACAAGGACAAAAAACAUAAUAUUCUCCCUGAAGUUGACCAUUCUGAAGCUAUAUCUCUUGUUUGGGAUAUCAAUGCAGCACUUGAGCCCCUGUGGCAGGAGCUAAGCAGCUGCAUAAGUAAAAUAGAGAGCUAUUCGGAUGUGGUACCAGACCAAUCAUCAUCUUCAGUUAAACCAUCCAAUUCAAUGCCACCACUUCCUGCUGGUACCCAGAAUAUUCUGCCAUAUAUAGAAUCUUUCUUUGUAACUUGUGAGAAGUUGCAUCCUGGUCAAUCAGGCACUGCCCAAGAUGUUGGUAUUAAUACUGUAUCUGAUGUUGAUGAGGCUGCUGCAUCAGUUGUUCAGCAGAAGACUUCAGGACCUGCUAUAAAAGUGGAAGAGAAACAUGUUGCUUUUGUUAGGUUCUGUGAUAGGCACCGGAAGCUUUUGAAUGCUUUUGUCAGGCAAAAUCCUGGAUUACUUGAGAAGUCCUUUGCACUCAUGUUGAAGGUUCCUCGGUUCAUUGAUUUUGAUAACAAGCGGUCUCACUUCAGAUCCAAGAUCAAGCAUCAGCAUGAUCACCAUCAUAGUCCUCUGAGGAUAUCUGUAAGAAGAGCAUACAUUCUUGAAGAUUCGUACAACCAGCUGCGUAUGAGAUCUGCCGAAGAUUUGAAGGGUAGAUUGACUGUUCAUUUUCAAGGGGAGGAAGGAAUAGAUGCUGGUGGUCUCACCAGGGAGUGGUAUCAGUUGCUGUCUAGAGUAAUAUUUGACAAGGGGGCAUUAUUGUUCACAACAGUCGGGAAUGAAUCCACAUUUCAGCCAAAUCCCAACUCUGUUUACCAAACAGAGCAUCUUUCAUACUUCAAAUUUGUUGGACGAGUUGUGGGGAAGGCACUAUUUGAUGGACAACUCCUCGAUGUUCACUUCACUCGGUCCUUUUACAAGCAUAUUCUUGGUGUUAAAGUAACUUAUCAUGACAUCGAAGCCAUUGAUCCUGGUUAUUUUAAAAAUUUAAAAUGGAUGCUUGAGAAUGAUAUAAGUGAUGUUUUAGACCUAACAUUCAGCAUUGAUGCUGAUGAGGAAAAGUUGAUUCUGUAUGAACGAGCUCAAGUUACUGACUAUGAACUGAUCCCUGGUGGUCGGAAUAUCAAAGUCACAGAGGAAAACAAGCACCAAUAUGUUGAUUUGGUUGCUGAGCAUCGAUUAACAACUGCCAUUCGUCCCCAGAUAAAUGCAUUUUUGGAGGGUUUCAAUGACCUAAUACACCGUGACUUAAUUUCAAUCUUUAAUGACAAGGAACUGGAACUCCUGAUCAGCGGUCUUCCCGAUAUUGACUUGGAUGAUUUGAGGGCCAAUACAGAGUACUCGGGCUACAGUGCUGCUUCACCCAUCAUUCAAUGGUUCUGGGAUGUGGUUCAAGAAUUUAGCAAGGAGGAUAAGGCUCGCCUUCUACAAUUUGUCACCGGAACCUCAAAGGUGCCUCUGGAAGGAUUCGGUGCACUACAAGGAAUUUCAGGAUCUCAGAAGUUUCAGAUUCACAAGGCGUAUGGCAGUGCCGAUCAUUUACCAUCAGCUCACACAUGUUUCAAUCAAUUGGAUCUACCUGAAUAUCCUUCGAAAGAGCGGCUGGAGGAGAGACUGCUGCUUGCCAUUCAUGAAGGCAGUGAAGGGUUUGGAUUUGGUUAAACGGCGCCAUCCAUGGUAUCGUAUCGAUCUUUUAAGUAUAAAAAUAGAAAGAAACUUCUGGCUGUGUAUAGAUGACAUGAUAUAUAUAAUUAUAUAUAUAUUUCAUGUGCAGACGAAGAGAUUAUUGAUUUGGAAGAAUUUGUUUCUGCCUAUGA